GGGCGUACGCGCAUGCUUAGUCGGACGGUACAGUUGACGCAGUUCGUGCGGAUCACGGUCUUUGCACGCGGUGCGAGGAUAACGCUACGUGCCGCGUAUACGCGAUUCUACGGUACGCACACGGUCACGGUUGUAAUGUGAUGUAAAAAGGAUGUGAAUACACUUUAUGGAUGGUGUUGAGCUGUUUGUUCAGUGAUUGGGUGGUGAAAUUUCGUAACAUUUGUGAGAAACAUAUUCCGAGAGCAUAAAUUAAACUGCUGCUUUUUACCGUUUUGUGAAUGAGUUUAUUAGUGCAAUCUGAAUAGUGAUAGGGGGGGAAAGACAUUUAGGUGUGAAAAGCAGAUACGUACACGAUAACGCCUUCGAGAAACAACACAACGCAACAUUCUGUAUCACGUCGUGCCAUUCUUCAGGAGUUGUUGAGGCACCCCCAAAAUGUUGGGAUUCCGAGCGGUCGGGAUCCUGCUGCUUGUUCAGGCAAGCCUGACCGUUGCGCAACUGUUCGGCGAUAGUCAGAAUGCACUCGCACCGGCGGGAAAUAGGAGAAACGUGCUGCGCCAGGGCGAUCGUGCUGCCGGCGGGCACGAUCACACGCACAUCGAGACAAUCGAUGUCAAGUGUGAUCAGCGAAGCGGUAUGCUCGUGACGAUACAGUUUGAGGACGACUUCCAAGGCGUCAUCUACAGCCAGGGCUACCACAACGACCCGAAGUGUCGGUACGUGCAGGCGAACCAGGGCGGGCGGCAGUUCACCUUCACCGUGCCGUACGACAGGUGCGGCAGCAAGCCGUCCUGUGCCGUGUGCGCCUCCGUCGACAACGUGCUCGUCAUACAGACGGACGAGGAGGUGCAGGAGGCGUGGGACACGGCCCGGCGCAUCUCGUGCAGCCAGAGCGAGCAGCAGCAGAACACGAUCAUCUUCAAGCCGUUCGUGGUGGACCAGCUGGAGGUGGUGAACGUGCCCACCUCGACCGGCGGCGUCGAGUGCUGGAUGGACAUCCAGCGCGGCACCUAUCCGAGCAUUUCGCCCAUCCCGAGCAUCAUCAAGAUCGGCGAGGCGCUCAGCGUGCUGGUGUACCUGCGCGACCCGAAGGGCGAGUACGACGUGUCGGUGAAGGACUGCUACGCGUUCGACAGUCCGGACUACGAGGCGGCCACCACCGCACGGCUGCAGCUGUCGGACAAGAAUGGAUGCUCGCGCAAGAAGAAGCUGUUCGGGCUGUGGCAAAAGACGACGCAGACGGGCAGCUCGGGCGCCACCCUGGUGGUGCACAACAGCAUCAAGGCGUUCAAGUUCCCCGACCGUAUGCAGGUGUUCCUCAAGUGCGACAUCGAGAUCUGUCGCGGAGGCUGCGGGCCACAGGUGUGUGCGGAGGAGAAUCUAAUCAGCACGGUCGAAACGACCACCAAGCGUCCGUCGCCGACACGCGGCCGGCCGACGCAGACAACUUCGUUGGCUCCGGUCGUGCCAACGCGCGGCCGUCGUCCACCGGUCACGGCUGCACCUACCCAACCGCAAUACACGGAGCCAGCAACGCAACCACCACGCCGUGGCACACGUCCACCGCGUCCGGUAGAGACAACGCCGGCCACGGCUCCACCACGCCGCACUCGUCCACCGAACACGCGCGCCCCAACGCGAGCGCCCACGACCGAGUUUACGUGUGCGCCUGGUUCGACCGACGAUCGCUGUAACGAUGUGAUCGUCACGCAGCGUCCCGAUUGUUCGCGAGGCUCGCGUGAUCCUCGUUGCCGAUCGCGUGGUACCCGACCGACACCAACCACGACCGAAGUGACACCGGCUCCACUACGAUGCUUCCCCGGCUCGACCGAUCCUCGCUGCCCAACGACCUUCCGCCCCUCGGUACGUCCUACACGGCCACCUCCGUCGCCUACUACGCCACGGUUCUCGACUACCACGGUGGAAGAGGAGGAAGAGGAUGACAGUGUUCCCAACUGCUUGUUGCGAUCGAACGAUCCACGCUGUGAGGAAGUGUCCAUCUACCUGCCAGUGAUUCCGCAGGAGCAAGUUACCACGAGACCGCCGAUCGUGCCCACUGUGCCGUCGGUCACCACUAGCUCGAGUUUGAACUGUUUCCCGGGCUCGAACGAUCCCCGCUGCAGAACGCCCGUGCUCCGUUGUCCUCCGGGCACGUCGGAUCCUCGCUGUCCAGGAUUCGUGCCACCACAGCCUUCCACCACUUCCGCUCCUGCACGUUGCUACCCAGGUUCUCCUGAUCCACGUUGCCCGCAACCAACGGUUCCGUCGAAGGAUACGGCUACAUACUUGCCACCGGUGGACAAACCAAACUGCUAUCCAGGCUCUUCCGAUCCUCGCUGUCCCCAGACGACUGCUGCUCCUCGGUGCUACCCUGGAUCAAACGAUCCACGCUGUCCAACGACUCCUCGUCCAACGACUCCUCGUCCAACGACAGCUCGUCCUACGCCCACCACUCAGCCACCACUGCGCUGCUAUCCGGGAUCAACGGAUCCUCGCUGCCCGCAGACCACUCCCCGACCAGUACCAACCACAACGCCCGCUCCUGUUUGCUAUCCGGGAUCGACUGAUCCGCGCUGUCCGAAGCCGACAACAACCACUCAACCGCGACUUCGAUGCUAUCCUGGCUCCAACGAUCCUCGGUGCCCUCAGACUACUACCACCAGGCCGGUUCCAACUACAACGGCCGCCCCUCGAUGCUAUCCGGGAUCGACCGAUCUCCGCUGUCCACAAACAACGACUCGUCCGGUACCGACCACUACUGCAGCACCGCGUUGUUACCCAGGAUCGAACGAUCCUCGCUGUCCACAAACCACUCCCCGGCCAACACCUAUAACUCAACCUCCGCUUCGCUGCUAUCCUGGAUCAAACGAUCCUCGCUGUCCGCAAACUACUCCCCGACCAGUGCCUACGACCACGCCAGCUCCAGUGUGCUAUCCUGGAUCGACCGAUCCUCGUUGUCCAAAGCCCACGACCACGACGCAGCCACCGCUGCGCUGUUACCCAGGUUCGACCGAUCCUCGCUGCCCACAGACCACUCCUCGUCCAGUUCCCACGACAACGCCUGCUCCGCGAUGCUAUCCAGGAUCGACCGAUCCUCGCUGUCCACAGACCACUCCUCGCCCAGUCCCGACAACUACACCGGCCCCAGUGUGCUAUCCGGGAUCAACGGAUCCUCGUUGUCCGAAACCAGCGACUACGACUCAGCCACCUCUGCGCUGCUAUCCAGGCUCGUCCGAUCCUCGCUGUCCACAAACAACAACGCGUCCUGUACCCACUACAACACCUGCACCUCGAUGUUAUCCCGGAUCCAAUGAUCCUCGCUGUCCGACAACACCUCGCCCCACACCUACAACCACCUCGGCUCCGAGAUGUUACCCCGGCUCCACUGAUCCACGGUGCCCACAAACUACGACUCCACGUCCCGUCCCAACGACGACUCGUGGUCCAGUAUGCUAUCCCGGUUCCACUGAUCCUAGAUGUCCCCAGACUACCACACGUCCUGUACCAACCACUACUGCCGCUCCACGUUGCUAUCCUGGUUCGACUGAUCCUCGCUGUCCCCAAACAACGCCACGACCUGAACCGAAGUGUUAUCCAGGUUCGCUUGACCCACAGUGCUCGGACAAGACGGAUUCGGAAACAUAUUUGCCUCCAGUGGAAGUGCCAAGACCAACUACAACCCAGCGUCCAUCAUGCUAUCCAGGUUCAACAGAUCCUAGAUGUCCACAGACGACCACUCGUCCGGUUCCUACUACAACACCAGCACUUCGAUGCUACCCAGGUUCAAAUGAUCCUCGUUGUCCAACAACCCCCCGUCCUACACCAACGACUACGGCAGCUCCACGAUGCUACCCGGGCUCAACUGAUCCCCGGUGCCCACAAACCACACCUCGUCCAGUGCCAACAACAACUCCAGCACCUCGAUGCUAUCCUGGCUCGAACGAUCCUCGUUGCCCGCAAACCACUCCACGACCUACACUGCCUCCAACACAGCCACCGCUUCGUUGCUACCCAGGAUCGACCGAUCCUCGCUGCCCACAGACCACUCCACGGCCAGUACCAACGACUACCGCUGCACCGCGUUGUUAUCCAGGAUCGAACGAUCCUCGCUGUCCACAAACUACUCCCCGACCAGUGCCUACAACCACGCCAGCUCCAGUGUGCUAUCCUGGAUCGACCGAUCCUCGUUGUCCAAAACCAUCGACUACAACGCAGCCACCUCUGCGCUGUUACCCAGGCUCCACUGAUCCUCGCUGCCCUCAGACCACUCCUCGUCCAGUUCCCACGACAACGCCUGCUCCGCGAUGCUAUCCAGGCUCGAACGAUCCUCGCUGUCCUCAGACCACUCCUCGACCAGUGCCUACAACCACGCCAGCUCCAGUGUGCUAUCCGGGAUCAACGGAUCCUCGUUGUCCAAAGCCCACGACCACGACGCAGCCACCUCUGCGUUGCUAUCCAGGAUCGACCGAUCCUCGCUGUCCACAGACCACUCCUCGCCCAGUUCCCACGACAACGCCUGCUCCUCGAUGCUAUCCAGGAUCGAACGAUCCUCGCUGUCCACAGACCACUCCUCGCCCAGUCCCAACAACUACACCGGCCCCAGUGUGCUAUCCGGGAUCAACGGAUCCUCGUUGUCCAAAGCCCACGACCACGACGCAGCCACCUCUGCGUUGCUAUCCAGGAUCGACCGAUCCUCGCUGUCCACAGACCACUCCUCGCCCAGUUCCCACGACAACGCCUGCUCCUCGAUGCUAUCCAGGAUCGAACGAUCCUCGCUGUCCACAGACCACUCCUCGCCCAGUCCCAACAACUACACCGGCCCCAGUGUGCUAUCCGGGAUCAACAGAUCCUCGUUGUCCAAAGCCCACGACCACGACGCAGCCACCGCUGCGCUGUUACCCAGGUUCCACUGAUCCUCGUUGUCCGCAAACCACCCCUCGUCCCGUGCCAACAACAACGCCUGCACCUCGAUGCUAUCCAGGUUCCAACGAUCCUCGCUGUCCAACCACUCCCCGACCGACACCAACUACACAGCCUCCUCUACGAUGCUACCCAGGAUCCACCGAUCCUCGAUGCCCACAAACUACACCCCGACCAGUGCCAACGACUACACCAGCACCGCGAUGCUAUCCAGGCUCGAACGAUCCUCGUUGCCCGCAAACCACUCCACGACCAGUGCCAACCACUACACCAGCACCUCGCUGCUACCCAGGCUCGAACGACCCUCGCUGUCCACAAACCACACCGAGACCAACGCAGCCCCCAACUCAGCCACCACUCCGCUGCUACCCAGGCUCGGCGGAUCCACGCUGCCCACAAACUACUCCCCGUCCCGUACCGACCACGCGCCAGCCGUGCUAUCCCGGCUCGCCUGAUCCUGCCUGUCCGCGACCGUUCGUCACAACAACGCCGUCCUCGUGCUAUCCCGGCUCGCCCGAUCCCAACUGCCCGCAGCCUUACCGACCAAGCAGCACUAAUCCUCCUGCUACUUAUUUGCCACCAUUCCCUGCCGAAGCCAGCGGUCGGUCGGCCCGGCACCUUAGCCCAGAAACGUUGAACGAUAUUAACGCGCUGGCCGAUCCGACCGACACGGCUGCAGAUGGUCCAGCGGUCUCCAACUCGGAAGUUGCGGCUGAUGCGCCCACGUCGACCGGUACAUCAAGAGUCAAGCGAGACACCGGUCUGGUCAACGAACUGGACGGUGAGCCGGCAAGAGAAAUCAUUUCCAUCACGCUCAACAUCAAGGGCUACCAGUUCGAGCCGGAGUCGUAAACCCUGGAGCGCCAUCUUCAAAUGCCUCUGUCUGCAUAAUACUCAUCCGUGCGUAUAUACGGAAGCCAAUAUAAUUUCAACAGCGUGGCGGACAAGGCAAGACCGGCUCAAGCUCAGCAAAAAAACAUAGUGGUCUUCACCACUUAUAGACGAACGCUCUUUGUCUGCGCGCGUUGAGAUAGAUGUAGAAACGGUUGUAAAUAAACUAAAUAAAAUGCUCCACCUAGUGCGCCCGUCCGUUGGACGCACAUGGAGAUAUAACUGUAAA